CCAGAACACCAAAACACACUUUCAACGAAUGCACCCAGCAAGAAGUCGUUGUCUCUUUUAUUUUACUUGCUGCCAUUAUAUGGCUGGGGUUCAUGGCUGCUUGAAUCCAAUGUAGACUGACGAAGGUCGUUUACAAUUUGUAGUUACAGUGAUUUUUGUUGCCGGCCGCAUGGUUGUGGCAGUGCGGUGAACUAGAUUUCCGGACUGGCUGCCAUAUGGAUAUGAUUCGGCUGGCUAUUGAGCAGUGGUGUGACAUUUUGAGGUUGCUGUGACGCUCAGCUGCAGUUCGUGGCGUUUAUUUAUGGGAUGCGACAUCUCUUUGGUGUAUUCUGACAGUUUAGGAAGAUGAGUGGCCGGAUCGGAGAUCUUUCGGAUCAGCAGAACCAAGCAUUGAAAAGUAUACGUCGCCUAAUUAGUGAGGGUGGUCCCGGAACCCCUACCACACAGAAAACAGACGUGGAUUUACUGCGAUUUUUGCGGGCCAGAUCAUUCAAUGUGGUAGCUGCAUUCAAGCAAUGGAAGCAGACUCAGGAAUGGCGCGAGGCGUACGCUGUUGAAGAUAUUUUGAAAGGGUCCUAUCCUCUGGAAGAGGAAUUAAAGUCAACUCUAUCUCUAGCCUAUCACGGUGAAGAUUUGGACCAUCGGCCGUUGUAUCUAGAGCGCAGUGGGGCCGUCGAUCCACUGAUUGUGGCGCAGCUCAAUGUGGAAGCUGUAGUCCGCCGUCACAUCUAUCAUCAAGAGUUUAUGGUACGGCGAGUGGAAGAAAACGCACACCAAUACGAUCAUGCCGGCCUGGAUAACUGGUGCGAGAUCCAUGACAUGCGCGGCUUGUCACUGCAACAUCGUCAAGUGCUGGGCAUGUUCACACGGCUAGCCCGUAUUGAUACCGAUUUCUACCCAGAACGAGCUGGCCGCAUAUUCUUCGUCAAUGUACCGGCAGUUUUCCCGGCGCUGUGGAAAAUUUGCCGCCGUGCACUAGAUGCCAAGACCCGGGAAAAGUUUGUUGUGCUCAGUGCAAACCGAAUGGGAGAGCUCUAUGACUACUUCUCUCCCGACCAGCUGCCUGUGGAGUAUGGUGGAACGGUGCAAGAUCUGUUCCCGCCGCUUCCCCCUGCUUUCUCCAGUCGGCGCGAGUCACGGCCGCUGGAUGGUGUCAAGUUCUUGGACACGCCGGUGUUAGCCCGGCGUCGUGUGAUGAAGGCAGUGGAAUGCCGAGCUGGUGAUGUUGUCAGUUGGUACUUCCGCGUUGCCAGCAAGGACGUCAAGUUCUGUGCCUACUGGAGUAACAAGACCGACGCGGUGAACACUGCCAAUCCGGCGGAAGUGUCGCGCUGGCUUGAUGGCAGCUCUGUCGUGUCAGAAUCCUGUGUGAUCAGCGCAUCGUCCGAUGGCUUCAGUGACUCGUACUUCUCCACAGAAGCAGGUGUGCUAGGCAUGGUGUGGGACAAUGACUCUCUGUUCCAGUCACGUCUUAUCUCCUUCCAGCUCUCAGUGGAGAAGUCAACACACUAUGAUGUGGCUGCUGAGAGUAGGUUGACAACUGGUGAUGAUGCAGUCGAUGGUGAUGCCGAGGUAGAGAUCAAUGCAUCCUGCAAUACUUUGACGGCGUCUGAAAUUGACACCGGCAGCAAGGUUACUAAGAUAGAAAAUGGAGAUGUCAAAAUCACCUUGCUUGAUACCUAGCCAGAGAAUAUCGGACAUCGUCAGCUUAGACACACAACUCACCUGUAUCAGGCCAAGCUAGUAUCUUAAUGUAAGCCAAGUGCUCUAUGCGGACAGUUUACUACUGCUUAGUGGUGGCAACGUCUCCUUGAUGGCUCACGCAAGCAUUUGUAGCUGACCAGCGUUGGCUGCUCAAGAUCUCUUUUAAUUUAAAAACUUCUAGUUUUUACGCAGUAUCCGCCAAGUGACGCAGAACAAUUCGAGAAUUUUUAAAGUAAAGAUGAUCUAUGGUGAACUGAUAAUGUCAUAGGCGUGUAGUGUAACGCCAGCACCCGCUGUGUAAACAACUGGUGCCUUACAUACGCCAGCACCCGCUGUGUAAACAACUGGUGCCUUACAUACGCCAGCACCCGCUGUGUAAACAACUGGUGCCUUACAUACGCCAGCACCCGCUGUGUAAACAACUGGUGCCUUACAUACGCCAGCACUAUACUCUAUUGUGGACUGCAGUGGUCGGUAGAUCUGUGCCGCAGUGGCGCUAUCAUCGUUCUUUCUCUGAUCCCUACCUAGCCUUGAAGUCUGCCGUAGCGCCUGGGCACUGUGAUGGCCCGGUACGCGAUGUUACUCCACAGAAUGACACAGCUGCUGAAUGGCGUGACCUGACCGCCGAGUAGCAUGGCCUUCUGCUGCAGUGUUAUGAGUGUUCGUCAUCCACCCCCCUGGCCCUGUCUACUUCAUUUCUUAUGCCCUGGUUGUAUCCGCUGGGCGCACUAGUUCUAUUUUCAUACAGCGCUACGCGCCUUUUUCUAUAUCUUAUGAGCAACAUAAUUACGCCAAUAUCCCGGUAUUUUCGACACUCGUUUUCGCACUGUUAUGUACUGGCGUGUAUUAGCUAAAGGAGUCUGGGGUUGUAUUUGAAAACUUUGUUAUGUGAUGGCUCUGCUGCUUCAAUCACUGCUGCUGUCCUAUUUAUAUUUCUCUGCUAUCUACUCACACUGUAGACCAGACCAAUGCACCGCCGUGCUUUGCACCAUGGAUUCCCUAUCUGAUUUACUCUCUCUUUAGCGCCGACUCGAAUAGAAACGAGUCGCCUGGAACCUAGAAACUUAUAGACUGCUGCCCAUGUGGCUGCAUUUUGACUUUAGUGCACUUUUGUUGUGUUUUCCGUUGAGACUUAGAAGCUGUCUAGAUAGCUGCAGGUUCUGCUACAACCACCAUGUUUUCAUGACUGCAUGCUUAUUGUUAUAUUAUGUACCUUUUUUGCUUAACUGAA